CUCCAACCUCUUGUCUGAUUUUCUGUCAACGGCGUUUUCCAUUUUUUAAUUUGUAUAUUUUUCUACCAACAGCACUUAAUCAUAAUUCACAAUGGCUCCCAUUAUCGCUGUUAAAGACGCGAAGGGUGACCCCAAUAUCAAAUCUGAUGCCGCAGCACUCCUUUACGUUAAUACUGCAUUCGCCGCUCUUGGUGGUUUCCUUUUCGGCUAUGACUUUGGUGUCACUAGUAGUGUCAUGGUUAUGGAACCUUUCCAAGUAUACUUUGCGCCUCUGACGCCCGGUCUUCGAGGUGCCUUAAACUCUCUCAUGGGUACCGGUGCCGUCAUUGGCUGUAUUAUUGCUGGUUGGAUGUCUGAUCGAUGGGGUCGUCGUGACAGUAUUGCCAUCUCCUCGUUUGUCUUUAUCAUCGGUGGUGUUCUUCAAACCGCCUCUGUACAUAUUUCUAUGCAACUUAUUGGUCGUUUCAUCGCGGGUCUUGCUGUCGGUGCAUGCUCUGUGCUGUCACCGAUGUACAACGCUGAAUUGGCGCCCAAAGAAAUUCGUGGUCGUCUUGUCGGCUUCCAACAGCUUAUGAUUGACAUUGGUAUGCUUUUGUCUGGCUGGAUCGGUUUCGGCACCAACUACAUGACCAACGACUGGUCAUGGCGUAUCCCGUACCUUGUCCAGGUCUUCCCUGCCAUUGUCCUCUGCUUGGCUCCCUUUGUCUUGCCCCGUUCUCCCCGUUGGUUAGUCGAAAAGGGCCGCGUCGAAGAAGCCCACCGUGUGCUCGCCAAGAUCCACGGCCGCAACAACAUGGAGCACCCUUACGUCUUGAUGGAAUUGCAGGAAAUUAAGGAUAACGUUGAGUUGGAAAACAACAUUGCUGUCACCAGCUACUAUGCGAUGCUUAAAGACAAAGCCAACAGCCGUGUCCUCUGGGUCGGAUGUUCCAUUGCCCUCUUCCAACAGCUUACUGGCGCCAACGUCAUCAUGUACUAUGCCCCACUUAUGUUCCAACAGGCCGGUCUUGAAGGCAACAUGUCGCUUAUGGCUAACGGCGUCAACUACGUUGUCAUGACUAUCUUCUGUAUCCCCGGCAUGUGGCUCGUCGACAAGCUCGGUCGUGUCAAGCUCAUGAUGAUAGGUUCUGUGGGUAUGUGCGUCGGCUUUAUUUUGAUGGCUGGUUUGUACGGUGGUUGCGGUGAAACUGUAUACAGCGAGGCCGAGCUCAUGAACGUCGUUGACAUGAGCGACUACCCUGAGGCUGCCAACGCCGUCAUUGCUUUCAUUUUCAUCUUUGUCGCCUUUUAUGGUACCACCUGGGCUCCCGUCGCCUGGAUUUACAUUGCCGAAAUCUUCCCUCUUCGUAUCCGUUCCAAGGGUUUCGCCUUUGCCUCGGCCUUGCUCUGGUGCGCCAACAUCCUUGUUGGUCAAGUCACUCCUGUGUUGAUGGACGCCAUUACCUGGGGCACCUAUCUCAUCUAUGCCGUCGUUGGUGUUAUCAUGUUGGUCUGGAUCAUUAUGUUUGCUCCCGAGCCCAAGGGCUUGUCUCUGGAAGAGAUGGAAGUCGUCUUCCAUGGCCCCAUCAUUGUCACCAAGCUCGACUACAGUGGCUACUUGGAAGCUCACAAGGAAGAAAUCGAACGCAAGCGUGCCGAAGUCGCUGCAGCAGCAGCUGGCGUCAAGGUCAACGAAAGCUACAAUGCCAACUCUGAGGAGAAGGCAUAAAGCCUCGAUUCUGUAUUUCUCUCAUCACAUCAUUUAAUACUACUUUACCAUCUCCUCUUUUCCCCUCCCCCCACCACCAAACCAAACCUUUUUCUUCCGCACUGUAAUACUUUCUCUCUCCUCUCGUACUGGUUACGAAAAUUCCUUCUUCGCCUUUCUCCCUUAUAUUCUGUAUUAUUUUAUUUUCUUUUAAAUAUCUGUAGUAAUUCUUUUACUUGAGAUUAUUCCAUAUUAUGAAAUCAAACUAUACACACUCACCACAUGUUAUUCUUAUUAUUUAAAAAAAGGAUCUCUCUCUCACGGCAAAAAUAUAAUAAAAACAUGCUGCUAUAUCAUCA